GAAGUGAGCAUUAGUCAUUUCCGGUCUGUGAAAAGAGCCUCGCUUUUUUUUUCUCCAUCCUGGUAUUUGGCUCAUCCUGGUCCCUGCGAAGUGCCCGGACCCAAAACAGGAAGCAGAGCAUGAACGCAGGAAAUGUCUCAGGCUCCGUGGCUUUGGACUCUGUCAGUUCUGUCACUUUCACCCAGGACACUGAUGGUACCAUCAUCCUGCACUGUGCUCAGAACGAUGACGGGCCGGUGGGGUCGGACGAGGAAGCCGAGCCCAUUCACAAACGACUGCGAUUGUCUAGUGAGGACACGGACGACCCCGCGUCCACGCCGUCUGCGUACUCGGUUGUCGCACUUCCACUUUCAGAGCGCGAGGAGAGCUUUGAGGUGACGAUGACGGCGACGGAAAUGAAAGAUCUGGAUCAGGAGAACGAAGAUCAAUCGCAGGAUGAGAAGUUGUCCUCCGCAAGGAAAUCCACAGACGUGACGGCAGUCAGCCAAGCCUGGUUUACGACGAAAGAGGACAAGAACACUCUCGUGAACAAAGGUCACAAGUGGAAACAGGGGAUGUGGUCAAAGGAGGAGAUUGAUAUAUUGAUGAGUAACAUUGAAAACUACCUCAAGAACCGUGGGCUUCAGGACCCUUCAGAGAUCAUCUUUGAAAUGUCGAAAGAAGAGCGAAAGGAUUUUUACCGUAGCAUCGCGUGGGGUUUGAAUCGUCCGCUGUUCGCUGUUUACAGGCGCGUGUUGCGCAUGUAUGACAAUCGCAACCACGUAGGCAAAUACACACAAGAGGAAAUUGAAAAGCUGAAAGAACUCAGGCAGAAGCAUGGGAACGACUGGGCCACCAUCGGGGCAGCUCUGGGACGCAGCGCCUCGUCAGUGAAAGACCGCUGCAGAUUAAUGAAGGACACGUGUCAUACAGGUAAAUGGACAGAGGAAGAAGAGAGGAGGCUGACGGAGGUUGUGCAUGAGCUGACGGGUACAGAGGCUGGUGACGUGGUGACUCAGGGUGUUUCGUGGGCAUCAGUGGCUGAUCUGGUUGGCACGCGCUCUGAGAAACAGUGUCGCUCCAAAUGGCUCAACUACCUAAACUGGAAGCAGAGCGGAGGCACAGAAUGGACCAAAGAGGACGAUAUCAACCUUAUCCGCAGGAUAAUCGAGCUGGCAGUGGAGGAUGAGAACGAAAUAAACUGGGACAUUUUGGCUGAGGGAUGGAGCAGUGUUCGCUCUCCUCAGUGGCUCCGGAGCAAAUGGUGGACCAUUAAAAGACAAGUGUCCAAUCACAAAGACCUUCCGUUUCCUGUCUUGCUGAAAGGACUGCAGGACGUCGUCGAAGCUCCCUCGUCCACAGUGAACAAAGUGGUGGUGGUGGGCUCGCACUCUGUCCACACCUCGUCCAGCCCCGUCACUGCAUUACAGAUCCCUGUCCAGAUCCCUGUCCAGAUCACACACGUCUCUUCAUCGGAUAGUACGAGUGCGAGCUCUGAAAGCGGCACGAUCACGCUGAACUCUGGAGCGUUACAGACGUUCGAACUCCUGCCAUCCUUCCACUUGCAGCCCACAGGCACCCCUGGUACUUAUUUCCUCCAGACAGGUUCCAAUCAAAGCCUGCCGCUCACGCUCUCUGCCAAUUCUACCGUUACACUCGCAGCAGCUGGAUCACCUGGCUCACCAGAACAGAUUAUCUUGCACAGCCUCACCGGAGACAACCUGAGCGACAACGUUACAGUGCAAAUGUCUCAACCUGGGAUCAUAAUCCAGACAGUGACAUCAGAAGACCUUCCUGACCCACUUAACCAAUCAGAGUUGACAUCGGAGCAGGACUUGGCCAAUGAGGAGGCCGCAGAGGGGCCGGAGUGCUCAGAGGAAGGGGAGGAGUCGAGUAAACAGAUCUCUGAAGACAUGCAAGAGAACUCAAUGGAUAAGAGUUCGACGUUAAAGGAGGACGUGGUGAGCAGUGGCAUUGGUGACAGCGCGGUACUAAUCGUCCCAUCACCGGGCAGCUUCAUCCCCACCAGUGACAUCACCACUGACUCUGUCCUCCCCGUCGGUACACUAACAGAUCCCAUUCUACAGAACCAGGAGGAAGGAUCAGACUGAUGAGCAGCUGUACCAGAGGCUUGUUACAAGCCGUGCUGUCGUUGUUGUGUGUCUAAUGCAAAGAGAACGUCCGGUGUUUGUGGGUGAACGAGCCACCGUUCUCAACACAUCCUGCUGUAGAGGGCAAGUAUUAUGAAUACCAUAAACUGGGAGAGUCAGGAAACAUGCGCAUCUCGUUUCCUGCACGUUGCCAAACCCGUUCCUUCGAUUUAACGCGAACACACUGAGCCAGUCGUCAUAAGCAGGAAUCACAGGGAGAAAACACACACAUACACACAAUGUUUACUUUGAUGGAUCUGUAUAAAGUCUGAAUAUUUGUAGAACUGGCCACAGAAUGCGGUUAUGGAGGACGUGCAUUCAUUCACUUUUCUUUUUUUACAGUCCACUGAAAACAAAAGCAUUACACUGAAACCUGACAAUUUUACGGAGGUCCUGCUUUCUCUUCCACAUUUUAUGAAAUUUUGCACUGUCUCCAUGUUCUGUUCUUAUAGCGUGUUUGGCCAAACACCAAGGCGUCCUCUUGACUGGACAGAUAUUAAUUUAUCAAAAUGGUUACAUUUUCUAUGUGAGUGUAUGGUCCUGUGUUUAUUUAUUGAAUAAACGAAACGUUAUUCGCCGUG